AUAUAUGGCCGACAAAGAAGAGCCCUCUCUCUCCUCUCCCCUUUCUCCAGAGAAAGAAUCGCAAACGUGCGGCUGUCACUGGCUGCGGACGGCGACGGCAGACUGAGCACCUCACCUCAGGUCGCCGCCGGUCUCCUCCUGCCCCAAGGUCCUCUUCCAACAGCUCGCUGCUGCCACUUCCGGCAACACAAGCAACGAGAUCGACCUCCACUUCGUCUCCGACAAAGAGCAAGCAAAACCCAUCAGCACAUAUGGAUGCUAUGGCGUUUCAUAAUUUUUGGACGAGCCGCCGUUAAGUGGGAUAGAGCCCGCUCUUUAAAACUUUGGUAUGUACCCAAGACUAGAACAGAAUGGCCACGUCUAACUAGACGGAUAUGUCGCUCGCGCGGACAAUGGUGCAAGAGUUGGCGGCGACCGUCGAGGAGCCUCCGCGAGAGUACGUGGUUGAUGACAUGUUAGAUGCUGAUGAGAUGCCGCAGCCCAUCCCUCUCAUCGAUCUUAGCCGGCUGAUGGCCGUCGACGAAGCCAACAAGCUCCGGGCGGCUCUACAGACCUGGGGCCUCUUUCUGGCAACCAACCAUGGAAUCGAGGAGUCCCUUAUGGAUGCCAUGAUGAGUGCAUCGAGAGACUUCUUCAGGCAACCGUCCGAAGAAAAGCAGAAAUACAGCAACUUGAUAGACGGCAAGCACUUCCAGAUGGAAGGCUAUGGAAAUGACAAAGUAGUGACUCGGGAUCAGGGCCUAAGCUGGAACGACCACUUGCAUUUGAGAGUGGAGCCGGAAGAUGAGAGGAAUUUCUCAAAGUGGCCCACUCACCCGGAAUCUUUCAGGGAUGUGCUUCAUGAGUACGCAUCAAAAACCAAGAGAACAAGAGACCUUAUCUUGAGAUCAAUUGCCAAGCUCCUCGACCUUGAUGAGGAUUACUUCGUCAACCAAAUAUCAAACAAGGCUAUUGGGUUUGCUAGAUUCAACUACUAUCCUCCAUGUCCCAGACCUGACCUAGUUUUGGGCAGGAGGUCUCACACUGAUGGUGGUCUCCUUACCAUCCUUUUUGUCGACCAAGACGUCGGUGGCUUGCAAGUUGAGAGGGGUGGGAAAUGGUACAAUGUUCCAGCCAAGCCUUAUACCUUGGUGAUUAACGUAGCGGACUGCAUGGAGAUAAUGACCAAUGGAAUCUUUAGGAGCCCGCUUCACAGGGUGAUGACAAAUGCCAACAAGGAGAGGCUUUCACUGGCCAGGUUUUAUGCUGUAGAUGCGGAAACAAUGCUGGAGCCAGCGCCUAGUUUAUUGGAUGACAAGCGACCACCAAGAUAUGAGAAAAUCAAGGCCAAAGAUUUCGUUUCUUUUUCUCGAAUGAAAAUUUCUUAGUUGGGCUCUUUGAACAUUAUCUUUUCGUACGUCAAGGGAAGAGAUUCAUCAAGACCCUGAAAAAUAUAAGUCCAACGUCUUAACAGAGUUUAUUUGCAAAGUUUUAGAAGUGACUGCCUACAUAUGGAUAAUAAAUUAAGAGAUGGUUUCUCGUAUGUGAGUGGGGGUUUUAUCUGUAACAUAAUCCUAUAUUUUCAAUGCUUAGCUAUCAACCAGUUUGUUUUACGCUGCAAAAAAAAGU